GACUUCCGUGUUCAAUCGGUAACACGUGUCUGUCAACGCAGUGACUGUAGUUUUUACUGGGCCUCUACGGAAGGUGAAAGGUUGACUUGGCAGCGAUGUCUAUGGAUGUAACCUUCCUGGGAACAGGCUCUGCUUAUCCAUCCCCGUGUCGAGGUGCUUCUGCAGUUGUAUUUCGUACAGAGGGAGAAUGUUGGCUGUUUGACUGUGGUGAGGGAACUCAGACGCAGUUCAUGAAAAGCCCCCUUAAAGCAGGUAGAAUAACGAAGAUAUUUAUAACCCAUCUUCAUGGCGAUCAUUUAUUUGGGCUUCCUGGCUUCCUUUGUACAGUAAGCCUACAGUGUGGCUCUACAGCAGUCAAGCAACAUGUUGAAAUCUAUGGUCCUGUGGGCUUGAGGGACUUUGUCUUCAGGAGUCUAGAAAUCUCUCAUUCACAGCUUGCUUUUCCAUAUGUUGUCCAUGAACUGAUUCCCUCAAAAGAUCAAUGUCCUGUAGAAGAGUUCAAGGACUUCUCUAGAUCUGGAAUAGAUAAUGAGAUGGCAUCAGAGGUUGAAGGGAGGACCAUUUGUGAAGAUCCAGAAGAUGGGUCGUACAUGCUGUUCGAAAAUGAACAAUUCACAGUGAAAGCUAUUAAACUUUUUCACCGUAUACCAUCGUUUGGCUUCAUCAUUCGUGAGAAAGAAAGACCAGGAAAACUAGAUGUAAAAAAACUGAAAGACUUUGGAAUUCAGCCAGGACCUCUAUGUGGAAAACUGAAACUUGGAGCUACAGUUACCUUAGAGAACGGCCAAACUGUACAUCCUUCUGAUGUUUUGGGAGAUCCUAUUCCUGGUAGAAAAGUGUGCAUUUUAGGAGACUGCUCAGGCAUUUGCUCUGUGGGUAGUGCAAAGCUUUGUCAGGAGGCAGACAUUCUAAUUCACGAAGCAACUUUAGAUGACACUCAGAUGGACAAAGCAAAAGAGCAUGGUCAUAGCACGCCAAAAAUGGCAGCAGAGUUUGCCAAUCUGUGUCGGGCACAUAAGCUGAUUUUGACUCACUUUAGUCAAAGAUAUAAACCUCCUGGCAUGGUCUCUGAAGGAGAUGAAGACGUUUCAGUCCUUAAGAAGCAAGCAGAGAAUUAUCUACUCAGUCAAGACGUGAUUUUAGCAGAAGACUUUUUAACUAUUACAAUUCCAAUUAAAAAGCAGAAAUAAGAAGUUCUGCUAAGCAUAUUAUAGUACACAGUCUAUCUACCAUCAUUAUUAACCCUUUCAAAGUGGUGCCAAGUGAGUGAUUGAACAUUCUUGUGGGACACCUGGUAGAAAAUAUACAAUCUACAGCCACUUCAAGAUACUGGAUCAUAACCUUGUUCUAUGGAGACUACUACGGCAAGUACAAGUACAGAUCGUCAAAAGAACCCAGAAGGCACCACUACAGUUUGACAAGUAAAUGGUUUCACUGAUUCCUGUUUUGGAGCUGAACAGUUAGUGAUGUAAGAAAUCAAAAGCUUGUCCUGGAUUGUAAAUUUUAAAAUCGUAAUACAGAUGAAACAUCACAGAUCAGUUUUUCCAACCCAAUAGGUAAACACCGGAAAUGCACAGGUGACAUCAAAGCUGCUACAAAAGAAGCAUACUUAUAAUUUAAAUGGAUACUCCAAACAUUUCCUUUGAUAGCUUAUCAACAAUUGUAUGAAUGUAUUUUUCACACAUUAUGAAGCUGCAUCUGCUCAGCUCUCUCAUUCCUCUUUACAAAUCCACACCUUUCUCUGCUAUAAAGAGCUGAAUGUUACAU